GGUCUCGGGGCAGGUGUGUCCUCUGCUGUGCUCGAGCCUUUCGCUUUAGUUAAGCUCUCUGAGGACAAGGACCGCAACGCUUCUGAGGGACUCCAACCGAAGACCAGGACCGACAUGAUGUUGGCGUUUGUUCUUUCAGCUCUGCUGGCCGUCUCCUUCGCUCAACAAACCAUUCACACUCCUCCCAAGGUGCAGGUGUAUAGCCGCAAGGUGGGAGAAUUCGGGAAACAGAACACCCUGAUCUGCCACGUGAGUGGCUUCCACCCCCCUGACAUCUCCAUCCAGCUGAUGAAGGACAAUGAGGAGCUCCCCAAAGCCACGCAGACGGACCUGGCCUUCAACAAGGACUGGCGCUUUCACCUGACCAAGAAUGUGGACUUCAUACCCAUAAGUGAGGAAAAGUACAGCUGCAGGGUCACACAUGGGACCAACGUUAAAGACUACGCCUGGGACCCAAACAUGUAAAGCACAUGUCUGCGGAGGCCCAGAUCGAGUGAUGCCAGAUGUUCUGCAGCCUCUAUUCUUCACAUCUUCAAUCAACAGGAUGACGGUCUCUGCCGACCUCCUCGCUUCUCUUUUGGCUCACAAAACAAAAAUUGAAAUAUCAUACUUCGGGAAUGUUUUUACUCAACUAUCUGAGUGAGACUUUGGUUUGUUAUCAAUGUGUUUGCUUUGAAUACUUUAUUUUCCAUCUUUUGGUCGUGAAACGUGUGUUACUGAAAAUGAAAUGUUUCUUGGAUUCUGUUCACAAAGUGCAGAGAUUUAAUGACUAAUUACUUUUCUCUACCUGGAUGAGCCGAUGAAAUGCAAAUUGAU